AUAGACACUUCCGAGAAAUCAGAACUACCCCGGAGAGGGAGGGGCCCCGAGCUCUGUCCCAGCACAUAAAACCACCCUGCUCUGGGCUCUGCUUCAGGAAGCUUCUACCUAUUUCACUUGAGACCUCACCGGCUCCUCAGAUCCAGAGAUGAUCAAGAGGGACCAGGAGAUGGCGAACUGGGGGACUCCCCAGGGCCCAGGACCCGUGGUGUCCACCGUGGUCAACAUCCAGCCUGAGAUGGCCGUGCCCGACCACAUUGUCUGGUCCCUGUUCAACACGAUCUACUUCAACAUCUGCUGCCUGGGCUUCGUGGCAUUAGCCUACUCCGUGAAGUCCAGGGACCGGAAGAUGGUGAACGACAUGAUUGGGGCCCAGAGCUACGCGUCCACCGCCAAGUGCCUGAACAUCGCAGCCCUGGUCCUGGGCAUCCUUGUGAUCGUAGUGGGCAUUGUUGUGGUGGUGUUGCAGGCAGUCACCAUUGCAGCAGCGGUGGCCAGGCAGAACCACAGAGGCUACUCCUAGGUGCUGCCCUUGGCCGGGGCACCACGUCCUCCCCACCCCUCCCGGCCCUGCCCCCGCCGCC